UUCUGAAGAAUGAGCUGGAAAGGUUUAAGAAAAUAUUAAAAAAAGAUAACACACAAAACUUUGUGAAGGAUUUUAAUGAGAACAGAUGCAGUAUCAAAGAAGCAGCUCUUGAUCUCACGCUCUACUUCCUGAGAGAGAUGAAGCAAGAUGAAGCUGCUGAUACUCUAGAAGAUGAGCUGAUCUUCAUUCAUCAGCUAAAAUGUAGCCUAAAGAAGAAGUAUCAAUGUGUGUUUGAAGGAAUUGCAAAGCAAGGUGACUCCACACUUCUGAAUAACAUCUACACAGAUCUCUAUAUCACUCAGGGUUGUAGUGAACAGGUCAAUACUGAACAUGAGGUAAGACAGAUUGAAGUUGCUUCCAGACGUCAUGAAUCGCAGGAGAGGCAGGUUGAAUGCAAAAAUUUGUUUGAAGCACCUGAACAAGACAAGCAGAUCAAAACUGUACUGACAAAAGGAGUUGCUGGCAUCGGAAAAUCAGUCUCUGUGCAGAAGUUUGUUCUGGAUUGGGCCGAAGGAAAAGAAAAUCAAGAUAUCAGCUUCAUAUUUCCUCUUCCAUUCAGAGAGAUGAACUUAAAGGAGCAAGAAAAACUAAGUUUGAUGGACCUUAUAACUCAGUUUUUCCCAGAGACAAAAGGACUGAAGUUUACAAGAAGAAAUCAUUUCAAAGUCCUGUUUAUUCUCGAUGGAUUGGAUGAAUGUCGACUUCCUGUAAACUUUAAGGAUAAUGAGACGUGGUUUGAUGUAUCAUCACCAGCCUCUCUGGAUGUUCUCCUAACGAACCUCAUCAAGGGAAAUCUGCUUCCUUCUGCUCUCAUCUGGAUCACCACCAGACCAGCAGCUGCCAGUAAGAUUCCUCCUGACUGUAUCGACCGGCUGACAGAGAUACGAGGAUUCAAUGAUGCACAAAAGGAGGAGUACUUCAGAAAAAGAAUCACGGAUGAGAAUCAGGCCAAAGAAAUCAUUGAUCAUGUUAAACAAUCAAAGAGUCUCUUUAUCAUGUGCCACAUCCCAGUCUUCUGCUGGAUUUCAGCCACUGUUCUCCAGAACAUUUUAGAGGCAAAAAGAAAUAAUGUUGUGAAAAAUAAUCAGGCUGAUGAUGCCUCCAAAACACUGCAGGAGUCAAAUACUGAAGACACUCCUAAGACUCUGACACAAAUGUACACACACUUUCUCAGAUUUCAGAUCCAGCAGAGCAGACGAAAGUAUGAUGGAGAAUACACACCAGAUGUUUCCUGGGAUAAAGAUGCCAUCUAUUCACUGGGGAAACUGGCAUUUGAUCAGCUGGAAAGAAACAAUGUGAUCUUCUAUGACACAGAUCUGAAAGCCUGUGGUAUUGACGUCUAUAAGGCAUCAGUGUACUCAGGCAUGUGUACCCAGAUCUUUAAGGAGGAAACAGGGAUCGUUGUUGGUACCAUGUACUGCUUUGUUCACUUGAGCAUUCAAGAGUUUAUUGCAGCUCUUUAUGCACAUCUGUUUCUAGUCAUAAAGCAGAGAAGUAUAUUUGUUCAUGAGUCUACAGAACAUGAAAACAAAAGUGAAACCAUGAUUGAUUUGCUCAAGACUGCAGUGGACAAGGCACUAGAGAGUGAUAAUGGACACCUGGAUCUUUUUCUUCGAUUCCUCCUUGGUUUGUCACUCCAGUCCAAUCAGAGACUCUUACAGGGUCUGUUCACAGAGCGAAAUGGAAAUGACCAGAGCAAAAAAGAAAUAGUCCAGUACAUCAAGCAGAAAUGUGAAGCUGAUCUGUCUACAGAGAGAUCCAUCAAUCUGUUCUACUGUCUGAAUGAACUGAACGACCAAACUCUGGUGAAAGAGAUUCAGACCCACCUUAGCAAAGGAAGUCUCUCAUCUGCUGAUCUUUCACCUGCCCAGUGGUCUGCUUUGGCCUUUGUGUUGUUGACAUCAGAGGAGGAGCUGGAGGAGUUUGAGCUUCAGAAAUUCAAGAAAUCAGACGAGUGUCUCAUUAGAUUAUCAGCAGUCAUCAAAACCUCCAAAAGAGCUCUGCUAAAUGAUUGUGGCUUAACAGACAAAAGCUGUUCAGCUCUGGCUACAGUUCUUGGAUCAGAUUCCAGUCUGAAAGAGCUGAACAUGAACAAUAAUAAUCUGCAGGAUUCAGGAGUGAAGCUGCUCUGCACUGGACUGCAAAAUAUGAAGUGCCAUUUGGAGAUACUGAGGCUAAAUGAUUGUGGCUUAACAGACAAAAGCUGUUCAGCUCUGGCUACAGUUCUUGGAUCAGAUACCAGUCUGAAAGAGCUGAACAUGAGCAAUAAUAACCUGCAGGAUUCAGGAGUGAAGCAGCUCUGCACUGGACUGAAUAAUAUAAAUUGCAAAUUAGAGAUAAUGAGACUUUCAGACUGCAGUAUUACUGAAGAAGGUUAUAAAGCUCUGGCUUCAGCUCUGAGAUCAAACCCUUCACACCUGAUAGAGCUGGAUCUCACAGGAAAUGAUCCUGGACAAUCAGGAGUGAAGCAGCUCAGUGAUUUACUACAGGAUCCAAACUGUCAACUGAACACACUGAGGUUUUUGGGUCCUGCUGCAGAUGAAGCCUGUCAGUAUGUGACUGGAAUUGUGGGUAAAAACCCGUUACUCCUGAGAGAGCUGAAUCUGAGUGAACAUGAACUAGGAGACACACGAGUGAAUCAGAUCGCUGCUCUACUGCAGGAUAAACACUGUCAACUCAACUCACUGAUACUUUCAAACUGCAGUAUCACUGAAGAAGGUUGUGCUGCUCUGGCAUCAGCGUUUAAUUCAAACCUCAGAGAGCUGGAUCUGAGCAGGAAUCAAAUAAGAGACUCUGGAGUGACAGAAAUCUCCAGUCUGCUGAGAAAUUCACAGACACUACAGAUACUCAGACUUUCAGACUGCAGUAUCACUGAAGAAGGUUAUAAAGCUCUGUCUUCAGCUCUGAGAUCAAACCCUUCACACCUGAUAGAGCUGGAUCUCACAGGAAAUGAUCCUGGACAAUCAGGAGUGAAGCAGCUCAGUGAUUUACUGCAGGAUCCAAACUGUCAACUGAAGACACUGAGGUGAGACGUUUUGGGUCCUGCUGCAGAUGAAGCCUGUCAGUAUGUGACUGGAAUUGUGGGUAAAAACCCGUUACUCCUGAGAGAGCUGAAUCUGAGUGAACAUGAACUAGGAGACACACGAGUGAAUCAGAUCGCUGCUCUACUGCAGGAUAAACACUGUCAACUCAACACACUGAUUCUGAAUAACUGCUGUAUCACAGAAGGAGGUUGUCAUGUUCUGGCUGCAGCUCUAAACUCAAACCCUUCAAAUCUGACAGAGCUGGAUCUGAGUGAGAAUAAACUAGGAAACCCAGGAAUGAAGAUCAUCUUGACUCUGUUUGAAAAUGUACAGUGUAGACUGGAAAAGCUGAAACUUUCAGACUGCAGUAUCACUGAAGAAGGUUAUAAAGCUCUGUCUUCAGCUCUGAGAUCAAACCCUUCACACCUGAUAGAGCUGGAUCUCACAGGGAAUGAUCCUGGACAAUCAGGAGUGAAGCAGCUCAGUGAUUUACUGCAGGAUCCAAACUGUCAACUGAAGACACUGAGACUUUCAGACUGCAGUAUCACUGAAGAAGGUUAUAAAGCUCUGGCUUCAGCUCUGAGAUCAAACCCUUCACACCUGAUAGAGCUGGAUCUCACAGGGAAUGAUCCUGGACAAUCAGGAGUGAAGCAGCUCAGUGAUUUACUGCAGGAUCCAAACUGUCAACUGAAGACACUGAGUCUGUAUGGAUGCAGUAUUACAGAGAAACAGUGUCUCAUCCUGACUUCAGCUCUGAAAUCAAACCCAUCACACCUGAGAGAACUGAACCUGAGCUGGAAUGAACUCGGAGACUCUGGAGUGAAACACCUCAGUGAUCUACUGAUGAACACACAAUGCAAGCUGGAGAAACUAGUUCUGUAUGGAUGCAGUAUUACAGAGAAACAGUGUCUCAUCCUGACUUCAGCUCUGAAAUCAAACCCAUCACACCUGAGAGAACUGAAGCUGAGCUGGAAUCAAAUAAAAAACACAGGAGUGAAUCACUUAUGUGACGUACUGAAGGAUUCACGCUGUAAACUGGAGAGAUUGAGUCUUUAUGACUGUGGCAUUACAGAUGUUUCUUCUUUAACUCAGUCUUUGAGAAACACAAAAGCUCUGCAGUUUCUGAAAGAGCUUGAUCUGAGAUGUAAUAUGAUUGGAGACUCAAAGCAGCAGCUCAUUGAUGUGCUACGAGACUCAAACUGUAAACUGAGGUGA